CUCUCCCCCGGAGCGAAGGAGGCGGGUUUUGGCCUCUUGCCUUAGGGAGCGAGUGCGGAGGGAGUGGGAGUGGGACUGCCCCGAGUGGAAGUGGCUGCCUCUCCGGAGAGAGCCUGCUGUACUCCUCGCUGCUCAUGAACUCGUUUUCCGGCGAGCAGCGCCGUCGUUAGGCCGGCCCCGUAGCCUCUGCUUCCCCCGGGACAGGCCCACGCCUCGCCGGGGAGGGGGCAGCCCGUCCAGGCGCCUCCCUUGUCAGCGUCUGCGUCGCGCUGCGACCCUGGAAGCGGGAGCCGCGGCGAGCGAGAGGAGGAGCCCCAGCGGCGGCGGCGGCGGGCAGCAGCACGAGCAGCGCCGGCGGGCGGGAUCGAGGCCGGCAACAUGGCGAGCGCCUCGUACCACAUUUCCAAUUUGCUGGAAAAAAUGACAUCCAGCGACAAGGACUUCAGGUUUAUGGCUACAAAUGAUUUGAUGACAGAACUGCAGAAAGAUUCCAUCAAGUUGGAUGAUGAUAGUGAAAGGAAGGUAGUGAAAAUGAUUUUGAAGUUACUGGAAGAUAAAAAUGGAGAGGUACAGAAUUUAGCUGUCAAAUGUCUUGGCCCUUUAGUGAGUAAAGUGAAAGAAUACCAAGUAGAGACAAUUGUAGAUACCCUCUGCACUAACAUGCUUUCUGAUAAGGAGCAACUUCGAGAUAUUUCGAGUAUUGGCCUUAAAACAGUAAUUGGAGAACUCCCUCCAGCUUCCAGUGGCUCUGCAUUAGCUGCUAAUGUAUGUAAAAAGAUUACUGGGCGUCUUACCAGUGCAAUAGCAAAGCAGGAAGAUGUCUCUGUUCAGCUAGAAGCCUUGGAUAUUAUGGCUGAUAUGUUGAGCAGGCAAGGAGGACUUCUUGUUAAUUUCCAUCCUUCAAUUCUGACCUGUCUGCUCCCCCAGUUGACCAGCCCUAGACUUGCAGUGAGGAAAAGAACCAUUAUUGCUCUUGGCCAUCUGGUUAUGAGCUGUGGAAAUAUAGUUUUUGUUGAUCUUAUUGAACAUCUUUUGUCAGAGUUGUCCAAAAAUGAUUCCAUGUCAACAACAAGAACCUACAUACAAUGUAUUGCUGCUAUUAGUAGGCAAGCUGGUCAUAGAAUAGGUGAAUACCUUGAGAAGAUAAUUCCUUUGGUGGUAAAAUUUUGUAAUGUAGAUGACGAUGAAUUAAGAGAGUACUGCAUUCAAGCCUUUGAAUCAUUUGUGAGAAGAUGUCCUAAGGAAGUAUAUCCUCAUGUUUCUACCAUUAUAAAUAUAUGUCUUAAGUAUCUUACUUAUGAUCCAAAUUAUAAUUAUGAUGAUGAAGAUGAAGAUGAAAAUGCCAUGGAUGCAGAUGGUGGUGAUGAUGAUGACCAAGGGAGUGAUGAUGAAUACAGUGACGAUGAUGACAUGAGUUGGAAAGUGAGACGUGCAGCUGCUAAGUGCUUGGAUGCUGUAGUUAGCACAAGGCAUGAAAUGCUUCCAGAAUUCUACAAGACCGUCUCUCCUGCACUGAUAUCCAGAUUUAAAGAACGUGAAGAGAAUGUAAAGGCAGAUGUUUUUCAUGCAUACCUUUCUCUUUUGAAGCAAACUCGUCCUGUGCAAAGUUGGCUGUGUGACCCUGAUGCAAUGGAACAGGGAGAAACACCUUUAACAAUGCUUCAGAGUCAGGUUCCCAACAUUGUUAAAGCUCUGCACAAACAGAUGAAAGAAAAAAGUGUGAAGACCCGACAGUGUUGUUUUAACAUGUUAACUGAACUGGUAAAUGUAUUACCUGGGGCCCUAACACAACACAUUCCUGUACUUGUACCAGGAAUCAUUUUCUCACUGAAUGAUAAAUCAAGCUCAUCAAAUUUGAAGAUUGAUGCUUUGUCCUGUCUAUAUGUAAUCCUCUGUAACCACUCUCCUCAAGUCUUCCAUCCUCAUGUUCAAGCUUUGGUCCCUCCAGUGGUGGCUUGUGUUGGAGAUCCAUUUUACAAGAUUACAUCUGAAGCGCUUCUUGUUACUCAACAGCUUGUCAAAGUAAUUCGUCCUUUAGAUCAGCCUUCCUCGUUUGAUGCGACUCCUUACAUCAAAGAUCUAUUUACCUGUACCAUUAAGAGGUUAAAAGCAGCUGACAUUGAUCAGGAAGUCAAGGAAAGGGCUAUUUCCUGUAUGGGACAAAUUAUUUGCAACCUUGGAGACAAUUUGGGCUCUGACUUGCCUAAUACCCUUCAGAUUUUCUUGGAGAGACUGAAGAAUGAGAUUACGCGGUUAACUACAGUGAAGGCGUUGACACUGAUUGCUGGGUCGCCUUUGAAGAUAGAUUUGAGGCCCGUCCUGGGAGAAGGGGUUCCUAUCCUUGCUUCAUUUCUCAGGAAAAACCAGAGAGCUUUGAAACUGGGUACCCUUUCUGCUCUAGAUAUUCUAAUUAAAAACUAUAGUGAUAGCCUGACAGCUGCCAUGAUUGAUGCAGUUCUAGAUGAGCUCCCACCUCUUAUCAGCGAAAGUGAUAUGCAUGUUUCACAGAUGGCUAUCAGUUUUCUUACCACACUGGCAAAAGUGUAUCCCUCCUCCCUUUCAAAGAUAAGUGGAUCCAUUCUCAAUGAACUUAUUGGACUUGUUAGAUCACCUUUAUUGCAAGGGGGAGCUCUUAGCGCCAUGCUAGACUUUUUCCAAGCUCUGGUUGUCACUGGAACAAAUAACCUAGGAUACAUGGAUUUGUUGCGCAUGCUGACUGGUCCAGUUUAUUCUCAGAGCACAGCUCUUACUCAUAAGCAGUCUUAUUAUUCCAUUGCCAAAUGUGUAGCUGCUCUUACUCGAGCAUGCCCUAAAGAAGGACCAGCUGUAGUGGGUCAGUUUAUUCAAGAUGUCAAGAACUCAAGGUCUACAGAUUCUAUUCGCCUCUUAGCUCUACUUUCUCUUGGAGAAGUUGGGCAUCAUAUUGACUUAAGUGGGCAGCUGGAACUAAAAUCUGUCAUAUUAGAAGCCUUCUCAUCUCCUAGCGAAGAAGUCAAAUCAGCUGCAUCCUAUGCAUUAGGCAGCAUUAGUGUGGGCAACCUUCCUGAAUAUCUACCAUUUGUCUUACAAGAAAUAACCAGUCAACCCAAAAGGCAGUAUCUACUGCUUCAUUCCUUGAAGGAAAUUAUUAGCUCUGCAUCAGUGGUGGGCCUUAAACCAUAUGUUGAAAACAUCUGGGCCUUAUUGCUAAAGCACUGUGAGUGUGCAGAAGAAGGAACCAGAAAUGUUGUUGCUGAAUGUCUAGGCAAACUCACUCUAAUUGAUCCAGAAACUCUCCUUCCACGGCUUAAGGGGUAUUUAAUAUCAGGCUCAUCAUAUGCCCGAAGCUCAGUGGUUACAGCUGUGAAGUUUACUAUUUCUGAUCAUCCACAGCCUAUUGACCCACUAUUAAAGAACUGCAUAGGUGAUUUCCUAAAAACUUUGGAAGACCCAGAUUUGAAUGUAAGAAGAGUGGCCUUGGUCACAUUCAACUCAGCAGCACAUAAUAAGCCAUCAUUAAUAAGGGAUCUUCUAGAUACUGUUCUUCCACAUCUUUAUAAUGAAACAAAAGUUAGAAAGGAGCUUAUAAGAGAGGUAGAAAUGGGUCCAUUUAAGCAUACAGUUGAUGACGGCCUGGAUAUUAGAAAGGCAGCUUUUGAGUGUAUGUACACACUUCUAGACAGUUGUCUGGAUAGACUUGAUAUCUUUGAAUUUCUAAAUCAUGUUGAAGAUGGUUUGAAGGACCAUUAUGAUAUUAAGAUGCUAACAUUUUUAAUGUUGGUGAGACUCUCUACCCUUUGUCCAAGUGCAGUACUGCAGAGGUUGGACCGACUUGUUGAGCCAUUACGUGCUACAUGUACAACUAAGGUAAAAGCAAACUCAGUAAAGCAGGAGUUUGAAAAGCAAGAUGAACUAAAGCGAUCUGCCAUGAGAGCAGUAGCAGCACUGCUAACCAUUCCAGAAGCAGAGAAGAGUCCACUGAUGAGUGAAUUCCAGUCACAGAUCAGUUCUAACCCUGAGCUGGCAGCCAUCUUUGAAAGUAUCCAAAAAGAUUCAUCAUCCACUAACUUGGAAUCAAUGGACACUAGUUAGAUGUUGGUUCAACCUGGGGACCAUUACAUUGACCAUAUGAUGCACUGAAUUGACAGGUUAAUCAUAAGACAUGGAAAGAGAAGUAAAGCUUCAAAAUGUUCCACUUUUUUUUUUUCCUUCGUGGAGACAGUUUGACUUUCUUCCAUUGUUGUUUUUGUAGCAUUUAUUUCAGAAAUACGUAUUUCCAUAAUCCAGAGGUUGUAAAACCACUAAUGUUUUAGUGGUUAGGGCAACAUUUAAAAUGACAUCUAAAAGUUAGGAUUGAUGGAGAUAGGGUCCAGUAUCUAUUUACCCUGUAAUGUUUAGGAUUAAAAUGUUAAAAUUUUGUGACCAUGAAUUUUCUUUCUUUUAUAAAUUUUCUCUUAUUUAAAAAUCAAAAAUUCUGCAAGACAAAAACCAUGUUUCUUCUUCUUGUAUAACUUUUUGUUUCAGCAACACAAAUUGAUUUUUAGCUGUGGCAGACAAGAAUAUCUGUGUAAGAUUUGUUACAUUUCGGAGGGGUUGGCAGUUUAAAAGAGAUGAUACCAUUUUUUUAGGUAUGGGGAUUAACAGUAUCCCUGUUGCGCACACUAAUUUUGCAUGAGCAAGUUUACAAAUAUGUAUUGUCUGUAAAGCAGCAUGUGCAGAUUAUUCAUAAUACAAAAGUAAAAAUAAGUAUUAUUGUAUUAGUGCAAUUUUCAGAUAUUUAUUUUUGCACAGAAAACAUAUCUGGAGAGAAAGAGAGAGGAGUAAAUUUUUGAAACUUUGGUUUUCUUAAUGCCAGUGUGAAUUUGCAGAUGUUUUCAGCAAAUCAAGUCAUGAUAACAAUUCGCCACUUCUUUUUCUAUUAUAAAUUUCGUAUACAUUUAAAAUUUGAAUAUUUAAGUACUCAGUUUUUCUCAGUUACCCAUUUGUGUGCGUGUGUUUCCACUUAGAAAUUCUUAAAGCCAGAUUUUUCUUUCAUUUCCUUUGUAUCUCUACAUUCCUUAUCGAAAGAGUCAAAUAACUAUAUGCUUUUGAAUUUUACUUUUAGGAAAAUUCUGAAGCUGGCUAUCACAGGUUUGUUAGCUAAUAAUAGUAUUUUCUUUUAGUUGAGUUAGAUUUUCCCCCUUUCUUGGAGAGCUAAUUUACAUAUUGUAUUCGGUAAGCGUUGACUACUUUUCCUGAUUAAAGGGUCUGUGCUUGGGGGAAACAGUACCUUAUAUUGUAGUUAAGAUUUUAUUUAACAUAUCCUUCAGUGAGCUCAUUUCACACUGUAGCCUCUUCCUUCAAAUUUGUGGUGCUCCUGUAACAGUAAGAACUAAUUUCUGAAAUAAAAGACAUCUCCUAAUGCUGUGCAAACAUAGUUUACAUGUAUUGAAGGAGGCAGUUGUUAAAUUGAGUGACCAAUUUUAAGCAUUCAGAUAUUUGAAAACUGCACCCUUUAUUUUUGAAACUGUGAAUUAGAAGUAUUUUUCCUGCUGUAUUACUUAACCUGCUUUAACAUCCAAAUAUGCGGUGAUUUUAAUUGGUAACAUACUGUGGUUAUUAGAUUAACAGCUUGACUUGAGAUAUUCAGAUGAUAAUGCAUAAGACAUCAUUACCAGUAAGGAUUUUGAUUAGGACAUGGACCAUUACAUGAAGUUGGUGCCAUUUCAGAAUGUGGCAGGUGAUAAUCAUACCAUAAUUUGCAUAAAACUGUAAUAGAAAUUUAUUUUGAGCUGUUGGUAUAUUAUGUACUAUGCAUUACCGUGAUAUAGAUGUUGUGGAUAUAUUUAAGUAUUUGGUUACAUGGUUUCACAAUAAAUUACAAUACUGCAGGCUCUAGGACCAUAUAGGAGACUGACAUGCAUAUGUUGUGUGAAUGUCUUAGUUAAGUGUCUGAAGUUAAAUCCAUAUACUUUUCAUGUAUUGGAUUUCUCCAUUCUUUAACUUCUAAAAUGCUUACAGUUUUUUUUUUGUUUUUUUGAGUCUUGCAAAAUGGCUAACUUUUCUAAUAUAGCUGAAAUUCUAUCUUCUAACGAAAGAUUCUGCUCUUUUCUAGUAGUAGAUAUGGUUUUAGUGUUUAUAUAUAUAUAAUAUAUAUUAUAUGUAUAUACUCACAUAUAUAACAAAAUUAGUAAAAGUAGAAUACUCAGAUUUUAAAUGCUGAGUCAUACUAAUUAACUUCAUACUUCUAGUGGUAAUGUCCUGAUACUGGAAUGGAAGUUGCAAGGUGUGGCGUUCAGUCAUAAUCUGCCACUUAUACUGCUUACUGGUCUUUUAAAUAUUAGGAAGUUCUGCUUAGCAAUUCUGCAUAUGUAGGUUCCUCAGGAGAUCUACAAUAGUAAGAGAACAGCUGCUCUCUGAUUUUCUUGAGAACGUUUAAAUUGUUAAGAUCUACCCAAUUUCUUUUUAUUUUUAUUUUUUUAUUAUUUUUUAUUUUUUUGUGGUACGCGGGCCUCUCACUGCUGUGGCCUCUCCCGUCGCGGAGCACAGGCUCCAGACGAGCAGGCCCAGCGGCCAUGGCCCAUGGGCUCGGCCGCUCCGCGGCACGUGGGAUCCUUCUGGACCAGGGCACAAACCCGUGUCCCCUGCAUCGGCAGGCAGACUCUCAACCACUGCGCCACCAGGGAAGCCCCCCAAUUUCUUUUUAAAGAAAGCUCAGUAUGGGGUUGUGUUUUUAGGUUAGGUUAUUUUAUGAAACUAAGGCAGAAAGGAAAUUUGCUAUGGCAAAGACUAAACUAAAAAUUUUAAAUCAUUAGCACUGAAUGAUUUUUUAAAUGUGGUCAUGUAUUCAUUAAUGAUAUCUAAAUCUGCUUAACCCCUGGGAAUUAGAAUUCUUAAAAUAUUGGAGUAUGGAGACUUCAACAAAUGUUUGAAUAUUUAUAUAAUUUUUAUGUAACCAUAAGUAACCAAAUCAUGUUUUUUUGUUUUUUGUUUUUUUACACUUUUGUUGGGUAAAUGGUAAAGAAAUAACAUAUGGGCAUAUCUCAUUUAACCAGUUUUAAGGGAUAUCUUUAUAUCUAGCUCAGUCUCAGAUAUAUGAAUAUGAUUAUAUAGGCAUGAUUGAAGUUUAAAAUGAUGAAAUAUACAAAAUCCUCAGUCACUGAAAAAUUCAGUUAACUGGUUAACUAAUAAACCUUGUAAGGUGUGUUUAGCCACAUGUCAAAUACUUGACAAUUUUUUAGAAGUUGAAAUAACAUUUCCUGCCCAAAUCAAAAAUUUUACCAAAAACUUCAGUUGUUAAAAUUAACUGCCAAUCUCUAGAUAUAUUAUGCUUAGUAAAUAUUUUGAUAUUAAAGAGCUUAAAAAUUUCAGUAAAUGUUGAUUCUAGCUCUAUCUUAAAUAUUGAAUCCCAAUUUUCAAACUACUGCCACCCCAGAUUCACAUCUGUUUUUGAAAUCUUAAUUAAUUCUCUGUGAAAUGGAAAAUGGACAAUAACGACAACAGUUCAUUUUACUGUUUGGGAAAAGGAUAUUCUGGUUUUAGCUGAUUUUUUUCCAGUUAAUUAAGUAAAACUCCUCUGAUGCCUUUGGCUGCAAAAUGCAACACAUUGGAAGUAUUACGUGGCAAGCUGCCAAAAUCUCACCAGAUAUGGCCAUUUUCUUAAGAAACAUGUACAAUGAAAUUACAUAUUUUCCCUUUACAAUACAGUAAGUUGCUUAUUUUCCUAUUAAUACUAGAAAAAUAGGACUUUGUGAACACCUACACUGUAAUUUAGGACAAGAGUUACCAGCAACAUGUUUUUGGCUCUUUGUAACAACUUUGAAAGUUAGCACUUUUCAUAAAAACCAACUUCAAUUAAAACUAAGGGGAGUAUUGCAGAUAAUUUUACUUUGUUAGACUCUGUAAUGUUAAUGUGUCAGUAUGCUUUUUUUAGUAGAGGGAGUCUUAAUACCCUGACCGCUUUGUACUUUAGUUCUGAUGUUAAGUGAUUGUCAGUGAUUUUGGCAAAUUGAAUUGUUUCACUUAAGUCUUAGAUGAGAAAAAGCUAUCUGUGAACUGAAAUUCUUUCUAGAUUAGGAUGUAUUGGAAUUAGUGUAUUUAGCCAUUAUCAGUAAAUAAUGGCUGAUGCACACUGAGUGAUUUUAUUCUAGAAUGCUCUCUCACAAGAAAAAUCUGAAGAAUUGUAUUUUAGAACUGGUUAAUGUAUGAUAACCACGAUAACCUCAUGAUUUAGUAGCCCGUAAUAAUCCUGUUACUUUGAAAAACUAUUUUACUUGUUUCAUAGACAUUUCACUUUUAAUAUAAACCCAACUGCUUACUUAGGUAAGAGCAGCUAAAUGUGUGUGGUGGUAUUUUACUGUAAUCCUAAUGUAGUAUUUUUAAGACACCAAAUGUGUACUUUACUUGGAAUCCUUACCAUCCAUGAACUAAAUUAGGCUUUCCUAAAAGGUCUGGAAAUAAACACCUAGUUUCUUGUUCUAGAAAUAAAACCCAUGCUUUCCUCCAGACUUGAUACUUAAGUAGAAAAAUGCAUGUUCUUUUUAGAUCAGGAUUUCUCAACCUAGCACUAUGACAUUUUGGACUGAGUAAUUCUGUGUCAUGGCAGCUGCCCUGUGCAUUGUAAGAUAACAACAUCCCUCGCCUCUACCCACUUAGAUACCAGUAGUACCAUCACCACCCCCAGUUGUGACAACCAAAAUUGUCUCCAGAUAUUGCCAAAUGUCCCCAGUGGAGUAGGGGAAGAGGGAGAGAGUGCAAAAUUGCCCCAGUUAAGAACCACUACUCUAGAGAGCUUUUGUUUCUUGUUAGUAGGUAAAACCAACUGAGAUUCUAUACAUGCAGAAGUUUUCAGACAUUCUUAGUGUCAGUUCUUCAUCUUCCUAACUAAAUUUAAGUACUGUUUUUAACCUAUUUUCUUCCACCAAUUAAUUAGAACUAUCAUGAUUUAGUGAAAAUAGGUUUCUAUUCUAUAUAUUACCUCCUCUGAUUUAAAUGGAUGGUCUGUAUUAAAUCCCUUAACAUACUUUUUUUUUUUUUCUGGCUAUAAAAUGCUUUCUCUUACUUAAAGAAAUAUGAGUAUAAAGGGGGCUUCUACUACGCAGGGGAAUAUGAGGCAAUGUGAGUGCUUUGCAAUUGGGGUGCUGUAUAAAAAGGCAACUAGUACAUUUUACUUGAAUUCUUGAAAAAGAAUAAGUGGAUUUUCAAAAUUACUCAUUUACAUUCUCUUCAAGAGAACAGUUUGUUCACUACUUUCUUGAACUAAAGACUUGCUUUCAGUACAGGUAAUUUCCUGUUUAGCUGUAAUAUUUAAAGACAUGCCAAACAGUGAUGGGGGGUAUUAGGUAUUAUUUCAAAACUAUAUAUUUGAGCUUUGAAAGUAAAUUGUAAAAGUAAAGGUGACUCUAGCAGAUUUUUGCUAUUUUUCUAGGAUUAGUUGAUGCUUAGAGACAAGAAAAUCCUUCUUAUGAAUCUUGAUAACCACCCAUGAGAUUUUAAAGACUGAAUGGUGGUAGGCAAGUGGCAGGAAAACUUAUCACAAAUCAAAUUGCUUACUCUUUGAAAUAAGACCAUUGAAUGAGUCAUCUUUCAAGCUUCUGAACCAUUUUAGUCCCACUUAGCAGAAUUGGCAUAAACAAAAAUAAAAGUUAAUUUCCUUUUACAUGAUGUUUUUUGAAGUAUUAAAUGAGGCUGAUUGGUCAGCAGUUUUAGUAAGUUCAGAAUGCUGAGUUUGGAAACCUUGGAAAAUCUAGUCUUUAAAACCUGCAUUUAAAAGACUUUUGAAAUUUGUUUCAGCAUCAGUUGCCCUCUGAAGCAGAGUCAAGCACUGUCAGAUGACCAUGUGUGUAAGAGAGGCCCCACUGCUGAUCUGCAUUGCUGUAGCCCCUGCUCGCCGUGCUCUACCUGUCAAGCUUUACGUAAAACUUACUGCCACGCCUCCAUCCUUGUAAACGGAUCGAAGGCAAAGCUAAUUACCUUUCUCCCUCCUUCCUUUGGUGCCUCUCUACUCUUUAGUACUAUGUGCUUAACCCUGGGGACAGUAUGGGGGAAACACUACAUAGUUACUGUUAAGUAGUGUUUCAACAGGGGAAAUGCCGUUAGGGCUCUGUAUGAUCUGUGGCACAGAUUCCUGGUCUGGGGAUCGGGACAAGCCUAAGCCAAGGGUGCCGUGUACUCCAUGUAGUGGGAAUAGAAUUAGCAACAGCAUAGAGACAAGAGGUCCUGCUGUAUUCAGAAGCUGGAGAUGGCUGUAGUCUGGAAUAUGAGGGAGAACAGUAAGAAGCUAGGAAGGGCAGAUUAUAGAGGGCCUUGUAAACGUUUUGGAUUUAAUUUCAGGGAUGAUGGCAAGCCUAGAAAUACUUAAAAGCCAGUCAUGUGAUCAGAUUUGUAAUUUUGAAAGAUUAGCUGCCGUAUAGAGAAUGGACUGGAAGGAAGGAAAGACACUUGGUGAGUUAGGAUGUUAAUGGAAUAAUAUAUGUGAAAGGGAAUGUUGUGCUGAACCAGUGUAGAUUUGGAGGGGAAGUCAGGGUGUUCGAGAUAAAACUGACAGGACAACAACUGAUUGGAUGUUGGAAAUAUGGACAGUUAGGCUGCAAUACAUACAGUCCCCCAAACAGGUGGUUUAGAAUACAUUAUCCUGCAUAGCUAUGGUGGAUAGCAUGGGGGUCUGCUUCCCACCUCACUGGGACCCUGGAUAACGAAGCUGCCACUGGGAAUGUGGUCAGUUACUGUGGCAGAGGGAAAGUGAGAAGUGAGUCACAUCUGUCACACAGUGCUUUCGCUUGACAAUGACACACACCACUGCUGAUCACAUUUUGGUGACCAAGAAGUCUUACGGUCAUACCUAACAGCUGAACACUCAUUCACCAGGCAUUGGUAAGAACAGUCAGCUCUGUUGAGCUGUGGAGCGGUCCUUUUUUAAGAGGCGAAAUGUGGGCAGAAGAGUUAGGUCACAUUGCACACCCCACUGCAAACAACUCAAAAUUAGACGUUCCCACCGAUUCUUACAAGUUCUUUUCAACCACCCUGCCACUGAGUUUCUCCUAAGCUCCUUCUCCACUCACUGUCUGCCUCCUCUCCUUUCAUCUCUUCUUUCUUCCAUGCCCUCCUACAACCAUCCUCACACCUUCCACAGUAGCAAUCAAAUUGUUAGCGACUUUUUAAGCUGUGGCACCCAGGGCCAUGGGAAGUGGCCCAUCUACCUCAGGCAUUUCCCCCCACCCAGAGUUCAGCUGUAUUUUUCCAGACAAAAACAGCAGUCUCCUAAAAGUGCCAGCAAUUUUGAUGUUUUCUGAAAUGUACUUAUGUAGGUAUCACUCAAUAUUCCAACCCUAUAAUUCUUGCUUUUAUCAAUCUUUAUCUCUUCUAUUUCGACCAACAACUCUGAAGGCUACAAGCUAAGAUAUUUUCAUCCAGAGCUGUUUGAAAUUCUAGUAUCCUACUCUAACUAUAACAUCAAGCUCUGCCCUCACUUGCUGUAAACUGAUUUUUGACCUCACAGAGUCCUGUGAUUGAUUUUUCCCACCAUUUUCUCUCAGUUUCUUUUAGCCUUCUGUCAUUAUCUAAUCUGGAUCUCCUGGUUUUUGUAAAUGAUUUAUUCAUAAAAUUACUUGUCCUUUUACUGCAUCUAGGGAUGCCCCCUCUCCCACUCCCUAAAUCUUCCUUUAAGUGUUACGCUUAACCCUGCCUCCAUACUCAAUGGACUACCUACCAUUAACAUAAUUUUGUCAAUAAAAUUAAGGCCAUUAUUCUUGUCCCUCCACCUAAGAAUCUCAUAUCCAUUCCCAUCCUCAGAGGCUGAGUUGGUUGUUCUUUGCUCAAGUCCAACCUUUCUCCCAGAGCCCAGCUUCCACUAGCCUCUCCCAGGUUUCGGUUAAAUUGGUCCUCCAUCUCUUCCCUUUAUCCUCAAUACCACUUUCCCUAGUUCCAUCUGCUGGACCCUCAGAAAUACACUGAAGUCUUGUCUAAAAAGACAAAAAAAAAAUUUUUUUAUUGCAUCUUCCACAAGAUGUCAUCUCUCUGUAGAGAAUUAGAUAUGCUUUCCCAAUUUCUUGCCUUCUUUUCACUUCUUAACAUGUUCUAAUCUGGCUUUCAUCCCUCUGUAGGUGGUCAUAGCAAACCAAUUUCAGUGAAGUCCUUUAUGCCAGAAUGGCCUUCAGUCUUUCUCUUACUUGAACUCAUUGAUAUCAAUACUGCUGAUCACUCCCUCCAUGAGACUACCUGUUCCCUUGGCUUCUAGGAUGUUACCGUCUAGGGCUUUCAUUAUACCUGUGAGACCACUGCAUCUUAGUUUCCCUUAAAUAUUGUUCACCAGGGCCUUCAGUUCACAUGUCUUCUCAUUUAUAAUCCUUCCUGGAUCAUCUCAUCCAUUUCUCAUGGUUUACAUGUUGAUUUCUAUAUCUGUAUACCCAGCUCAGUCGUGUAUUUCAGACUAUUGUAUCAAACCACUUGCUGGACACACCAUAAAUAUAUCCCAAACACAGCACAGGUAGAGCUGAACUCAGCAUCUUCCCCUGGCUUUUCCCUGUCUCUAUGUCUUUGCUGAUGGCCGCCCAUUUACCCAGUCACUCAAGCUGGAAAUCUUAACACAAAUUUGGAGGCAGAAAGUGUAAAUAACAACAUAGACACGUCUGCUGCCAGACAUCGUCUGGGUUUGAAUCUCGACUCAAUAUUAGCUGUUUGACUUGGGUAAAUUACUUAGCCUCAGUUUCUUCAUCUAAAACAUGGGGAUAAACGUAGUAGCUACCUCAGGAUAAUUGUGAGGAUUAAAUAGGAACACUUGUAAAGCACUUAAAACUGCCUGGUACAUAGUUUGUGCUACAUAAUUGUUAGCUCUUGUUAACAUUCUGCCCAUUUUAUUUCCUAAAUAUUUCUCACGUCCAUCUCCAGUACUCUUCUGGUUCAAGACCUCAUUUCCUUGCCUAUUGAUUGGACUACUACAAAUGCCUCCUAACUAGCAUUUAGGUUCAUUCAUCCAGGAAGCUAAUUUAUUAAGUACUUUGCUAGGUCCUGCCAGACCUGCAGAGCCAGGUGAGAGGCCAUACCUGACAUAAAGAAGUGUGCUGGUUACCAGGAGAGACCUGACAUAGGAAGCACCAUAGAGCUCUACUGUACGAGAAGUGUAUUCAGGAGACAGAGUAGGUGCCAGUGGAGUAUAUGACCCAUUCUACAUUGGUGGGGCAGGGAAGGUUCGUGGAAGAGGUGAAAUGUCUUGAGAUAAGAGGUAUUCUACCGUAGAAGAGUUGUUUUCAAAUGCGUGUGCGGGGCCCAGUAAUCGCUUUUUUGUUUUUUUGUUUUUUUUUUUAACGUUCCCAGGUCCUGAUGCCUUCCCAGACCACACUUUGGGACCCGCUGCCUUAGGAUACCCAGAGAGCAUGCAUUCCCAGGUCCUCUCAACUGCCAAAACGAUGGUCUUGACCAUUUCAUAUUCUUGCACUACAUCCUUCAAUCGCUCCUUUUUGCCUUAUAGGGCAAGUACAAGCUCUAGAUCUGGCUACUGUUUGCUCCUCUAGCCUCAGCAUCUGUCACACCUAAGACUGACCGUUAUCCUCAGGCGAGAGUGAAAUAUUUCCCUCAGCCACCAUGCUGCUCCUAACCUUUACACCUUUGCUCAGGUUAUACCUUGUGUCUGGAAUAUCUUGCUUUUUCUUCCCUUUAUGUAGCUGGCUGCUACUUUGUAAGCUGAGUCAAGGAUUUCAAAAGCCUCCCAUGAUGCCAGGUGACAAGGAGGACAUAAUCUAGGGGCCAACUCCCAUCUUUAAAGCCUGACCCCUUUUCAUGCAUGUAAUAUAGUCCAAUUUCUUUAAAAAGCACCUCUCUGUUAACAUUGUACAGAUAUUGCUGAGUGGGGGAGGGUAGGUGGGAAGAGCUGACUGGUCCAACUGUUCACAGACAGCCCUUUAAGUAAAACUGAGUACUGCCAGCAACCCUGUCCCUCUCUGUACCUAAUGUCUCACAGGUUGGAGUCCUUUCUGGGGCUUGGCUGGACUAAAAGGAUCCCUGCUUUUCUGGUUUGUGACUUCUCUAAUGCCUCCUGCUUCUUGUCUUCUAGGAAUUUGUCAGAAUUUUUGAACUACGUGGGCCUUCCCUUCUGCUCUCUAUAUUAUUUUGGAUUUAUUUCCAUUAAUAGAUGUUUACUGUCAUUUCAGUAAAAUUUGGAGACUGAAUAAAUAGCACACUAAAUUUGUCUGCCA